AUUUAUUGGCCAGCUGAGGAGACGUGGGAAUACUUCCUAACAUGCACUCAGAAAUCCUGCAGCGUCUUCCUCCUGUACUCUAGCAGCAAGAUUUAAUGUUGAUAUUUGGGCCCUAAGCCUACAGCAGGGGCAGAGAGGUGUCCAGUUACAAACACACCACACACACACACACACAGACUGUGGUGGAGAGGAAGAGAGAGAAAGAGUGAAACACACUGAAGAAGAAAGGCACAGAGGAAAGGUAGAGGCAGAGAAGGAGCAAUAUUUCCAGCCUCUGAAGGAGAGUGGACAGCAGGGUCACACUGAUCUCCACAGCUGUCUACUGCACCAGGAGUUCCCACUGACCCUGAGAGGAGAGCAGCCUGGACGUGUUCACUUAUUCUGGGUCACUGCAUCAACUUAACAUCAGACUGCUGUAAAAAGAAAAAAACAAGCGUGUGCGAUGGCAGAGGCCCACCAGGCGGUGGCCUUCCAGUUCACCGUCACCUCGGAGGGCAUCAAUCUUCAGUUUCGCCGUGAAGUGCUGAAACACAUCUACCUUUCUGGAGUAACAUCAUGGAGAAAACGUGUAAUUCAGUUCAAAAAUGGCAUCCUAACAGGGGUCUAUCCUGCGAGUCCAUCCAGCUGGCUCUUCAUGGUCAUUGCAAUAAUGAGCUCCAUGUAUGCCCGAGUAGACCCCUCCAUGGGAAUGAUUGACAGCAUCAAGAAAGUUUUACCUGUGAGUGAGUAUCUCACAGUCCAGUCUCAGAUGGUGUUAAGUGCGAUCCUGUUUGCCACAGGGUUGUGGUUGUCUCUGAUUCUGCUGAUGCGCUACACUCUGAAAUCCCUGCUCUCCUAUCACGGCUGGAUCUUUGAACCGCAUGGAAAAAUGAGCACGUCCACCAGACUCUGGAUGAGGCUGGUAAAGAUGUUUUCAGGACGCCGUCCUUUGCUCUACAGUUUCCAGGCUGCUUUACCCAGACUUCCAGUGCCUAAUAUUGAUGACACCAUCUGCAGGUAUCUUGAAUCAGUGCGACCUCUGCUGGAUGAUGACCAAUACAAACAGAUGGAAACUCUGGCAUAUGAGUUUAAAAAGGACCAAGCCCCUAAAUUACAAAAAUACCUUCAGCUGAAAUCCUGGUGGUCCAAUAACUAUGUCAGCGACUGGUGGGAGGAAUAUAUUUAUAUGAGAAGCAGAGGGCCUAUCAUGGUGAACAGCAACUUCUACAUCAUGGACCUGCUGUAUGUGUUCCCCACCCACAGACAGGCUGCCCGUGCAGGCAACGUGGUCCACGCCAUCCUGCAGUACCGCCGUAAGCUAGAGCGAGGAGAGCAUGCCCCGAUGAGAGCUCUGGGGGUUGUGCCUAUGUGCUCCUAUCAGUAUGAAAGAAUGUUCAACACCACUCGAAUCCCCGGUAUUGAGACAGACACCGUCCAGCAUCUGAGGAACAGGAAGCACCUGGUUGUGUACCACAAAGGAUGCUUCUUUAAGGUCUGGCUGUACUACGGCGGCCGCCAUCUCCUGCCUUCUGAACUGGAGCAGCAGUUUCAGUACAUUCUUAACAACAGCUCAGAGCCUCAGCCUGGAGAACUGAAACUGGCCGCUCUGACCGCCGGGAACAGAGUUCCCUGGGCCAAAGCAAGGCAGAAGUACUUCAGUGACGGGGUGAACAAGGCGUCUCUGAAUGCCAUAGAAACGGCCGCCUUUUUCCUGACCUUGGAUGAUGAGGAGCACGGAUAUGACCCUGAGAGGCCUGGGUCGAUGGAUCUCUAUGCCAAAUCUCUGCUGCAUGGAAAAUGCUAUGACAGGUGGUUUGAUAAAUCCUUCACUCUAGUCGUGUAUAAGAACGGCAAAAUUGGGGUGAACAUUGAGCAUUCGUGGGCAGAUGCCCCCAUCGUUGGACAUAUGUUAGAGGACGUUCUUGCCACAGACUACUUCCGCUUAGGAUACACAGAGGAGGGGCACUGCAAAGGAGACAUCAAUAAAGGCUUGGCUUUUCCUACCAGGCUACAGUGGGACAUUCCAAAACCGUGUCAGGAUAUUAUUGAAGGCUCUUACCGCAUAGCGAAGGAUCUAGCUGACGAUGUGGAUUUCCACGGCUAUGUGUUUGAAGAAUUUGGGAAAGGCCAGAUCAAGAAAAGCAAAACAAGCCCUGAUGCUUUCAUUCAGCUGGCACUGCAGCUCGCUCACUUCAGGGACAAAGGGGAGUUCUGUCUUACAUAUGAGUCCUCGAUGACCCGUAUGUUCAGAGAGGGACGGACUGAGACAGUUCGAUCCUGUACCAUUGAAUCUACAGCCUUUGUACGAGCCAUGGUGGACGAGACCUGCACGAAAGAGAAAAGGCUGGCUUUGUUUCGGAUAGCAGCAGAUAAACACCAGAACAUGUAUCGUCUGGCCAUGACGGGAGAUGGGAUCGACCGCCAUCUCUUCUGCCUCUACAUCGUCUCCAAACUAGUCGAUGUUGAAUCCCCCUUCCUCAAACAGGUUCUUUCAGAGCCUUGGCAUCUUUCCACGAGUCAGACGCCCCAGCAGCAGCUCAACCUUGUUGACAUCCAGAAGUUCCCUAAAUAUGUCGGAGCGGGAGGAGGCUUUGGGCCUGUUGCUGAUGAUGGUUAUGGGGUUUCCUAUAUUAUUAUUGGAGAGAAUCUCAUCACAUUCCAUAUCUCCAGCAAGUUCUCAUGCCCAGAAACGGACUCACAUCGCUUCGGCCAGAACAUCAGACAAGCCAUGCUGGACAUCAGAGCUCUGUUCGACCAGAAGCAGAAGACAAAUUAAGUCUCAGCAGUGUAAAUUAAGACAUCACAACACACAAAUGCACAGAUAUGGCUGAUCAUUUCAGCAGCUAAGCGCUUAAUGGACAAUCACAAAUCACACAAAGUCAUCACCAAGAGAACAUGUAAAAUACUGUACAGUUAUUAUAGACAUAAAUCAGUUAAAAUCACUGGACUUUUAGUUAUGAAACAACUGAAACUAAAAAAACAUUAUUAAGAAAUGUUGUAAAUCUGAAAAUUGUUAAGAGAAAUGACUACAUUUGUAAAGUUGUAAUGUACUUGUACACAAUGUAAUAUAAUUAGAGAAACAGUAUACUGUGUACAAUUGUAAAUACUGACUAUAUGUUUUAAGCACGUUUGCAGGUUAUAUUAGUUGGGGCAUUGGUUGGGUGUCCAGCUAUUUUAUUCAUGCAUAUUUCAUUAAAUUAUUUGAUUUGA